UUUCUUCCAGUUUUUUAUUCAACAUAACCAAUUAAACUUGUUUUCUACCAUAUCAACAAGCUAAGAAGCGGAUCACAAAGCUAAGAGGAAAGAAGAAAAAGAAAAAAGGAAGAUUAAAGCCAAUGAAGGGUUGUGUGUGCACCGCAACUAUUCUCAUUCUUCUUGUCUUUUUCCCAGUUUUCAUCCAUGCCCGACAUAUUCGCAAGCUACACUCACGUAUGGCUUACUUCUUUUCUCUCUUAAUACAUUAGUUUUCGAGGCGAAUUUAAUUUAUGUGCACUGACAUUGUAGUAAUUGAUUUUUUCACAAUCGACGCAUUUUAACUUGUUGUAAUAGGUCAUUACUUUAAUUUCUAUAUAACCAAAGAUUUAAAUUCUGUGCCCCAACCACACUAUCAAAUCAAGCUGACUUACAAAAACUAGUAACUAUUGAUAAAACACGUAAUAAUGUAAACCUGAAAAAUAAAGUAAUAGCAUGUUAUUUGCAUUGUAUGUGCAUAUAACCUAAAUCCAUUACGAAAUUAGACUUGGUAUAAGAGUUACUGGUUGUUGUAGGUCAUCUAGUUUACAAAAAUUAUACACUGUCAGUGCAUAAACAGUUAAUUAACUUCCAAAUAGGAUAACUUAGUGCUUAUGAUGUUGAAUUUUUUGAUAUGUAAUUAGCAGAUGCAGAGCAAUCACCCUGUGAGCCCAGACAGAAAAAAGGCCGUGGUGAAGCCAGAAAUGAACUUGGAAUUAAGAAGGGGAACAGUACGCAAAAGAGCAGCAGAUACAUUACAAAUAGCAGGGUCAAGUUUGCCAGAUUGUUCACAUUCAUGUGGAUCUUGUACACCUUGUAGAUUAGUCAUGGUUAGCUUUGUUUGUUCAUCAUUUGAAGAAGCUGAGACUUGUCCCAUGGCUUACAAAUGUAUGUGCCAUAACAAGUCAUAUCCUGUUCCUUGAUGACAAAAAUAAACUACUUAAUUACCAUA